AUGGCCGAGAGCGUCAAGAGAAGCGUCAGCUUCAGCUCCAACUAUCCGUUCCCGUGCCUGCUGUGGCCUGAGGAUGAGGAGCCGGGAGGGCCAGCGGACGAUGACGCACGGUCAGCAGCCGAGCCAGAAGAUGAGGGCGAGCAAUUCGAGCUUGACGAGUUCUUCGACGUCGCUAGGGAGCGCUCCAGCGCUUCCAUACGGCCCAAGCCAGCAGUGGCGGCCAACGGGCAACCGCUGGUGCGACCAUGA